AUGAAGUUGUUUAUUUUGGCUAUUUUCUCCUUGAUACUAGCUGCCAGUUCAGAAGACCAGAAGGCUGAGGAUUCCGCUUUCCUCCAGAAAUUCCUAAGACCCCUAAACCAUGACAUAAGCCAUAGAUAUGGCGUUCAUGGACAGGAUAAUAGAAACGUGGGAUUAUUUAAAAAUGAGGGUAUUUUGAGAAACGGUUAUUAUGAUUACCUUGAUGAUAACGUGGAAGAUGACCUUCGAAACGAGGGUAAGAUGAGGCAUUUGGGCGCGCCCCUAUACAAUGAGCCGAAUAUUUGGGGAUAUUCCAGAAACGGGGGCGGACUGGGAGGCCUUGUUAGCCACGCGUAUAAUGGCGAGCCAAAUAUUUGGGGUUACUUGAGAAACAAUGAGGCUAGAUUGAGAAACGAGCAAAAAGGUUAUUCUAGAAACGAAGGUAGAAGAAUUUCUGACCACAGAGGCUUGCAAAACUUGAACGCUUUGUUGGAACCUGAGCACAUAGGUUAUGUGGGGUAUGUUGAACAGAAAGGUCAUAAAGAGAGGUAUAACUACAAACUUAUUGGCCGAAAAGGGUUGGGUUUUGACAGAAGGACAGCUGCGUCUUAUGGACUGACAGCGCCUUUGACGCCGUCUCUUCUUGCAGUGGUUGGACACAACCAUUAUAAUAAAAAUAAUAAUUACUAUCAGAACUCGCCGGAAUAUCAUUCUAUGUACCGAGUUUAG